CUCUACCUCCUGAAAAUUCAGUCUGAAAUAACUUCAGUGCAUUUUUUCUCAGGAUUCGAAUACAGCAGGUUGAGGAGCAGAAAUCCGGCAUGGACUACAUAUCCAGUUUCGACAUUAGGCUCAAUAAGGACGUCUACUACGCCGGCGAGACAAUCAGUGGAAGUGUGCUGUUGGAGAACACGGAGAACAUCAAAAUACGUGGUAUUCGGGUGUUGCUACGUGGCAAAGUGCAUGCCACGUUGAAAGUGGUCAAGUCUGGUGAACGGAGGACGUUGAAAGACGAUCAAUAUGUGCUGGAUGAGAAACAGUUGCUAUGGGGGAAAGAUAAAAGCGAUGAAUCAGACAGUGUCCCAAUUCUUGCUCGCGGAGUUCAUCAGUUUUCCUUCAACUUUGACCUCCCACAAUCUUCAUUACCGUGUUCAUUGGAGAGUAGGCAUUGUACAAUUCGAUAUUAUUUCAAGGUAAUAAUUGACAUUCCAUAUGCAUCAUCUCCUCAGGGAAUCAAAUAUUUUACGAUAAUCGGUCCACAUAUCGACAGUAUGGAAGAGAAAUAUUUAAGCCCAUUAUCAGCUCAAGAUCGAAAAGUGAACUGUUGCUGGUGUUGCCAGCGGGGCGCGCUCGCACUGCGAAUAAUUCUGGAGCGGACGGCGUACGUGUGCGGCGAGAACAUUCGUGUCCGAGCCCAGAUUGAGAACAGGCAAUCCACGGCGCAAAGCCUCGUUAUCCGUCUUGUGCAGCACGUCGAGGUGUUUGUCGAAAAGGGACUUUUGGGCGAGAACAAGAUGAUGUCAUGUGUGGUGUUCGAGCACAAGUCCCCCGCCAUCGCUGCCAACUCUCAAGGAAAGUACGAUUCGACGCUGGAGCAGCCGAUCCGAUUGCCAGUGGUACCACCAACGCUAGUCGGUGUUUGCCGUCUUAUUCAAAUCUAUUACGCUCUACGAGUUUGCAUGGAAGAUGAGAAAGGAAAUGAGUGCUUGCAUAUUGACUUCCCUUUGACAGUUGCAACAAUUCCGUACAGAAUCCCAAAUGCCCCACCGCCACCGGUUGAUUACGAUUUCUGCUCGAACCACGUGGAAGGUGGUAAAUACGUGUCGCCGGAGUUCCGAUUGGGGCAGGUUUAUGAUGGAGAAGGCGAGGAAAUCAAUAAGGAAGAGGAGAUUGUUCUCUACCGACCGGUUUAUGUAAAAUUGGCGGAUCGAAGGAUUGGCUCGCCGCAUGUGUCGAAAGAUUUCAGAUCGGGAUCGUUCACACGAAUCGCCGACUCCAGCUUGGCGCUGGUAACCGAACCAAACGGAUCCCGACGUCGAAGUAUUCUGGUCGCAUCGAAUCCAUGUUUGGCAAUGAGAGAUGAGUCAAUGGACGAGAAGCUGAUGAUGACAAAUGGUUGUAAUUCUGAGGGUGAUCCUCUUGUAGCAUAAUUUUAGAAAUCGUUUCCACUUUUUUUGGAAAUCUUUUCAAACCCCAUAUGAUCCCAAUGAUUGAUACUUUUGUUGUGAUAUUAUGUUUUCUUGAAGAUUUUCAAGUUUUACCGGAACUUUCUGUUUCGAAAGUUAUUGACCAGAAAAAAUUUCGAAACAUCGAGAAAACAUCUACUUUUUUGUGUAUUAUUAUUAUUCCUUAUUCUCUUUUUUUCAACUUCUUCCUCCACUUAACUGAUAAAAAAUUAAUCGAAACGACAAAU